CGUGGUGCUGCGCCACGACCUGGGCGCCGUGCGGGGCAGGGUGGCGCUGAUCUCCGGGGGGGGGGUCCGGCCACGAGCCCGCACACGCAGGGUACAUCGGGAAGGGGAUGCUGACCGGCGUGGUGGCCGGCGCCGUGUUCACGUCCCCGGCUGUGGGCAGCAUCCUGGCGGCCAUCCGUGCGGUGACACAGGCUGGGGCAGCCGGGACCCUCCUGAUCGUGAAGAACUACACCGGGGACCGCCUGAACUUCGGGCUGGCGCUGGAGCGGGCGCGGGCGGAGGGCGCGGCCGUGCGCAUGGUGGUGGUGGGCGACGACAGCGCCUUCGCCGCGCCCAAGAAAGCCGGGAGGCGCGGGCUGUGCGGCACCGUGCUGCUGCACAAGGUCGCGGGGGCGCUGGCUGAGGCGGGGGUCGGCCUGGAUGAGAUCGUUGAGAAGGUGUCGGCGGCUGCCAAAGCCAUGGGUACCCUGGGGCUCAGCCUGUCCCCGUGCAGCGUGCCGGGCUCCAAGCCCACCUUCCAGCUGGCAGACGACGAGAUGGAGCUGGGCCUGGGCAUCCACGGCGAGGCAGGAGUGCGCAGGAUGAAGCUGCUGCCAGCGGACGAGGCCGUGGAGACGAUGCUGACGCACAUGACGGACCCGUCCAGCGCCUCCCGCCUGCCCCUCAGCCCCGGAGCCUCUGUGGUGCUGGUGGUGAACAACCUGGGGGGCCUGUCCUGCCUGGAGCUGAGCAUCGUGGCUGGCGUGGCUGUGCGCUGCCUGGAGAAGCGAGGUGUCCGUGUGGCACGGGCCUUGGUGGGCUCCUUCAUGACGGCGCUGGAGAUGGUGGGGGUGUCCCUCACCCUCAUGCUGGUGGAUGAGGAGCUGGUGGGGCUGAUUGAUGCUGACACCACGGCCAUGGCUUGGCCCAACCUGACCAAGGCACCUGCCACGAGCCAGAGACAGGAGAUCCCAGCACCAAAGGAGAAAGCUGGGACCACGCAGCGUGAGGCCAGCACAGGGCCUGGUGCAGCACGGGCACAGCUGGUGCUGCAGAGGGUGUGCAGCACCCUCCUGGAUGUGCAGGAUAAGCUCAACGAGCUGGACCGUGCGGCGGGCGAUGGCGACUGCGGGCACACACACGCCCGGGCUGCCCGAGCCAUCCAGGAGUGGCUGCGUGCCGGGCCCCCGCCGGCAGCCCCGGCCCAGCUGCUCUCCGCCCUGGCUGACCUGCUGCUGGAGAAGAUGGGGGGCUCCUCUGGAGUGCUCUACGGGCUGUUCCUGACGGCGGCCGCGCGGCCCCUGCUGCGCCGCAGCGACCCCCCGGCGUGGGCUGAUGCCAUGGACGCUGGCAUCGAAGCCAUGCAGAGGUACGGGGGAGCUGCGCCGGGGGACAGGACCAUGCUGGACUCGCUGUGUGCUGCAGCCCAGGCCCUGCAGGCUCUGCGCAGCCCCGGCGCCGACCUGCUGCAGGUGCUGGCCACGGCCGUGGAGCGCGCCGGGGCGGCGGCGGAGGCCACGAGGCACAUGGAGGCCGGGGCGGGCAGGGCCAGUUACAUCAGCUCAGCUCAGCUGCAGCAGCCUGACCCCGGGGCUGUGGCUGUGGCUGCCGUGCUCAGGGCUGUGCUGGAGGGGCUGAGGAGCUGAGCAGCUGGCCCUCGGGGUCACCCCCUCACUGCACUGCCAGCGUACCCCCAAAUAAAGCUCUGUGU